UUCAUUCUACUUUGGUCAUUUAGCAUCGAACCUAGUUGCUGUGAUUAAUUGUUUCAAUUGACGAAGAUAUUAAUUUGUUCGACGAUUAUUGAACCGAAAUCUGCGGAAAGUUUAUUCGUUCUGCUAUAUCAUUGGUUGUUUUGCUGAGAUCUGUUCAUUUGUUCGCUACGAUUUUCGUGAAAAAGGUAUUGAUUAUUUCCAUUUAUUCUAUUACUUCUAUUAAUUCUAUUAUCGAUAUGAAUAUUCAUAAAUUUAUCACAUGGAAUGGCAAUCAAUACUCAUUUAGGAAGCCAGAAAAUUCAUCUUUCUUAAGACAGCGCGAAUUUGAUCGAGCCAGAUUUAAAGAAGGGCAAUGGGAAAAUACUUUUGAUUCGCUGUGUAAUACUUUCUAUAUGGAUGAUAUACGUGUAUACGAACCUAACUUUUCUCGAUUAGAUUUUCCAACGGAUUUUAUCCAAUCUAUAAGCAUCGAAGAUUCCAGCGAUAACUCAUCUGACACUGAUUCUUUUCUGUCCUCUAGGCCAAUGGAAAGGUAUCGUGUUCCGGUAUGCCAGUACUGCGGGGAGGAGUUCGUGGCAGGACAAGAAACUGUACGAAAUGAAACCUGUCCACAUACUUACCAUCGCGAGUGCGUUAAAAGCUUAACUGAGCAACGUACGCCCGCCGGCAAUUACCGCUAUCUCCCCGCAAAAUGUCAACAUCGAAGUUGCGGUGCGAUUUUGAUUCGACAACACUAUCACAGUGUUAUUUUCCGCUACGAGACGCCUGACAAUAUUUGCACCAACUCUGGACACCGGCAAAGAAUCGCAAAUCUCAGCGACACGAUUGAUUUCCAGCGUGAGCGCAUCAAUUCAUCAAAUGAUUCGCUUCGUGAUGCGGUAGCGCAGAAUGAAAUUAUGACCGGAAGAAUCGCAGAUUUAGAACGCGAAAUUACUCGACUUAGGCGACCGGCGCAAGAUUACCAAGGUAAUUAUAUUGAUUAUAGCCCGCAUCGAUAUAUUCCAAGAUGGAGUAAUUUUAUAACCGAUACGUGCUUUAUAAUCCCAGAUUUCGAAGACGAUCUCAACCGUCGAGAUAACGAUGACGACGACGACAUCGGUGAUGCGCAGCAUCAGAUGAUAAAUCACGAUAAUCAGGCUGCUGGAAAUGAAAAUAUUCAUGCCGCCGAAAAUCAAGAAGAUCGAGCUCCAGAUAAUUGCGCAAAUAACGAUAACGGAGCCAACGAUUGUCAAGACGUCGAUGAGCGCAACGACCUUAAUGAACCAAUUGAUCGAGCGUUUGCAGAAGGAUUUGUUCAACCGAACGAAGAACGAGAGAUGCAACGCCGUAUGGACCAAGAGCGAGAUGCUCAAGAUGGUGUAAUUCCAGAGUCGGUUCCAACUGCGGUCAAUGCUCCAGCUCCAUCCGCUCCUAAUCUCGACGAUAUAAACCUCGAGGAGCCUCACCCAUCGAAUUCUGGACCAGUUUUAGUAGCGCCAGAACUGGGAGAAGUAGGAAACGUUGCCGGACCGUCGCGAUUUCGCGAGCCUUUCCGGCCUAGUACACGUAACGUUUUCUCUUCAUUUUACAACUCCAAUAACGUCUUGGUAAACCACGUUAUGCGGAAUGCAACCGAACAGCGCAAUGACCAUCAACCUUGUGGCCAACCGCUGCUAGAUGAUGAAGACGCCCCGUACGAAGACUUUAGAACGAGGCGCGAAAUACGCGUCUACGAUGGUGGCGUCCAGAGCGCUGUAUUUCCACAUCGACGUGGAAAUAUUAUGGCUAUUUUGAACCAGUCUGGCUAUACUUUCAACCCGCAGAUUCAGCACGAGCUUCGUCACGAGUAUACUCUGCAUAGUCAGCAGAUGUAUUCUUCAGUUUAUACGAGCUGGUCACCGGACGACCGCCGUCCAACCACCCAUAUUUUCCUGAACGGAUGGUGGGUGAUUGGCGACGGUCUUGCUCACGGUGUUGCGAGAGAACCGCUGAGACGAGAUCCAACGUUGAAAAGUCGCUGGGACCGUAGCCGUUUCGCAGGAAGUUUUCUUUCGGCCAAACGCCUUCGCCACAACAUCCAACAGCACGCUCGUAACGUACCUCGAUUCUGCGUAGUGGCCAUGGGAGGACACGACCUAACGCUUGAGUCCGAGCACACAGCCAGAAUAAACACGUCAGCGUUGAUUCAAUUUUUGUUAGACCAGCGCGUGGAGCGAAUUCUCAUCCUCCCGAUAAUCAUUGCUGAUCGACGACCAGAUGCGGAGACUCGUCGAUCUUAUCGCGAAUGGCAGCGAGGAAUUUUGCCUCAAUUAGACAGAUCCCGCGUUACCUAUCUGCAAUUUUUGGAAGAAACAGUAGAUCGCGUCCAGCCUUACCAUGCUGACCUCGCCGGCAUCAUAUAUGCGCAUCCGUUCGUACACUUCGAUAUCAUUUACCGUUUGGCUCAUAUGUUGCGUUAUUUCGAUUAAUUCUAUACCCGUCAUUUGCGUAAAUCUUUUGUUUUCUGUUUUUUUCGUUGUUUGAAUUUGUGAAUUUUGUUAUUUUUUCUAUUUUUUCUAUUUCUAAGUUUGAAAUGAAGACAUGGCGAUUCGGCUGAGCAUUCGAUAUUAUCUCCACGUUAAAGCCUGUUAUUUUCGAUAUCACCUUUAUUCUUUUUACAUGUCUUCGUGUAUUAUUUCUAUUAAUUUGGAUUUUUAGUCGCAUUUUUCUUACUGACAGGUAUUUACGAAAUUACCAGUUUAUAUUAGUUCUAUUAAUUCUAAGUUCGUUGAUUUUUGAGUAUUAUUUCUACUUGUUCUAUGUUAUAUUGAUUCUGUUAUUAUUGCAAUUUGAAUAGCUGUGAGUUAUGUUCCUUUUGUUGUGCCGAAGAUAAAAAUAAAAAAAAAUGGCAAGAACAUUAUUGUUUCAUUUGUUCAAUUACAACUUCAAUUAAUUCAAUUACUUACAAUGCGAAAUCAACAUAUCUAGAAAUGCAUGUCUCUAAGAGUAAUUCCUUAUAUCGUAUCAUUUCGA